CACGUUGUUAGGUCCUGUUACAAUGUCUAUCUCGGGGGCAUGAAUGGCACCAAUCAGAUCUGCGCCAAGUCCGUCCUUGCUCAGAUGAUGAUGAUUGUUUUCACCAGGGUGGAGGAGAACUCCAUGAUGGUGGAAUUCAAGACCGUCUCUGUGGCUGAACUGUUGGAGUUCACGGAUAGGAAUUUGAAUGAGGGCAGCUCUAUACAGUUCGCCCAGAACUUUCUCAAUGAGAUUGUGGAUGCCAAAUCCAAGGAAGGCCUUGCUGAAUCGAAAUUGUGUUUGCAGUUGGAGAAUGACAAGGGUGAAAAAAAGAAGGGUGAGCCCACCGAUGGGGAACUUAGUGAGGGAGCUGAUCUGAGUGGUUACAGUAAAAUUAGAGAGGACGGUUUCAUGCUCUUCAAGAAUUUAUGCAAGUUGUCUAUGAAAUUUUCAUCACAGGAGCAUGCAGAUGACAAUAUUUUGUUAAGGGGGAAAGUGUUAUCGUUGGAGCUCCUAAAGGUUAUAAUGGAUAAUGCUGGUCCAAUUUGGCGCUCAAAUGAGAGGUUUCUCAAUGUUAUCAAGCAAUUUUUAUGCUUGUCAUUGUUGAAGAACAGUGCAUUAUCUGUGAUGACGAUCUUUCAACUUCUUUGUUCAAUAUUCAAGAACUUAUUAUCAAAAUAUAGAUCUGGGUUGAAAUCGGAAAUUGGAAUCUUUUUUCCCAUGCUCAUCUUACGUGUGCUGGAGAAUGUGCUUCAGCCUAGUUUCUUGCAGAAGAUGACUGUUUUGAGUUUGCUGGAGGAGGUAUCAAAGGAUCCUCAGAUUAUCAUUGAUGUCUUUGUCAAUUAUGAUUGUGAUGUCGAUGCUCCCAACAUUUUUGAAAGGACUGUUAAUGGUCUUCUUAAAACUGCUCUUGGUCCACCUCCUGGUUCCACUACUACAUUGUCUCCAGUCCAAGAUAUUACAUUUCGUUCUGAAUCAGUGAAAUGCUUAGUUACAAUUAUAAAGUCAAUGGGGACGUGGAUGGACCAACAACUGAAGGUAGGGGAGCCCAAUCUAGAUAAGGUGUCCGAUCAUGAAGUGCCAGAAGCCGCUGCCAGUGUUUGUGAAGAGGGAAAUAUUAUUGACUACGAGCUGCAUCCGGAAGCAAAUUCUGAAUUUUCUGGUGCUGCUGCCUUGGAGCAGCGCCGUGCUUAUAAAUUAGAAAUACAGAAAGGUGUUUCCCUGUUCAACAGAAAGCCUUCAAAGGGGAUUGAUUUUUUAAUGAGCACCAAAAAGCUUGGCAAUUCCCCAGAAGAUGUAGCCUCUUUUCUGAAGAACGCGACCGGAUUAAAUCCAUCCAUUAUUGGUGAUUAUUUGGGUGAAAGAGAGGAGUUUCCUCUGAAAGUUAUGCAUGCAUAUGUCGAUUCUUUUAAUUUUGAAGGUAUGGACUUUGGUGAAUCAAUCAGAUAUUUCCUUAGAGGGUUUAGAUUACCUGGUGAAGCUCAGAAGAUUGACCGUAUAAUGGAGAAGUUUGCGGAGCGCUAUUGUAAAUGCAACCCAAACUCUUUUACCAGUGCAGAAACAGCUUAUGUGCUUGCUUACUCUGUGAUAAUGCUCAAUACAGAUGCACAUAAUAGCAUGGUGAAAGAUAAGGUACCCUGGGAAUCUCUCUGA